AUGCGAAUAUCAUCCAAACAUCUUGUUAGGCAUACAUGUGGAGCCGCUUUAACGAUUCCCUUCAAACUUCAUGGAAAUGAUAUGUUCCGUGUUCUUUUUUGCCCUCACCGGCUUUGCUCGACAACACCGUUGGAGCAGUUAAUCAUCAAUGCUGCUCAAUGGGAUGCCAGCAAUUACUAUCAUCGUCUUGGCUUUUGUGAGGAGGUACAUGAUCUUCAGAGAAUCAAGGAGCAUUAUCGUGUUCUUGCGAAACACUAUCACCCCGAUAAUCCCAGUGCACCACCGAAUGCCAAGGUUGCCUUUCAGAGCAUCAAAGAGGCAUACGAGCAUGUCGCCUCCAACACCAAGAAGGCCCCAGACAGGAACAAAAUGGACGAAGCUGGUUUUGAGUUUUCAGAUCAGGUGAGAAGAAAGGCACAGAUGCGUUUUUUGGGUGAAGGUGUCGGUCUAUUUAUGGCGAUGACUUUUGUUUUUAUUUACAUUGUCUCCAAACACAACAAGGAACGUCUCGGAGUGCGUUAUUUAUGGAACUUUUUACUUAUUUUCUUCACCAUUCAGUUUUUUCCAAGACUUUUGGCAGCCGCCAUCCUCUACGCGUGCCACACGAAUUAUCUCGUGAGUUUGGCGGAAUCCAAAGAACGGGCUGCGACGAGUGUUGUGGUUGAGCGGCGAAGCGAUGGCGAUGUGUCCGUUCGUCUGGACGGCCUCACGGAAGAAGUGAAGGACAAGACAGUUCUGCAAAUUACUAUAACCCAUGUGCCAUCAUCGUCAUUAUCAUCAUCCAAGGCGCCAACAGGAACGGCGGCGGAGGAAUUCAACACGUUGAUUGCACCGUCCACCUCAACAACGCUGACGUUUGAUCGUGGAGUGACGUCGGUGUCGGUGCCUGCGCAUUCAGAGGGCGUCGCACAGUACCGUGUCCGGGCGGUGGACAUGAGGCGGGGAUUUAUAUUGGCUGACCGCACGUUGCAUGUGUAA